AAGAAGAGUUUGCGGAAGCACAUGUUCAGACCAUAGCAAGGUGCUCAAUGUAUACUACUCAGCACUGAGUAGUGUAACUUAUCACUUAUUCUGAACAUCGUUAACGUUUUGUGUGCAUCUAUUGUCAGAUGCUCUAUUGAAUUCCUGCACAAUGGUUCGAGCAUUAAGACGUAAAAAGGUCCGGAAGCCAAUUAAACAGCAAGAGAAUGAUGAAGGUGACCCAGAGGGAUACAAAAACAUGGCUAUCCUUGACAACAACUCCAAGGACAAAAUCGAUGAGUUUCACGAUGAGAAGGUUGAGGAACUCCUCAACAGAGGAGUUAAGUUGCAGAGUGAUGAGGAGGAGCUGGAUGAUGAGGAGGAAGUGAUGGCCUUGGAUGAUUCCGAGAUGGAUGAUGAUGAUGACGAUGAUGAAGAUGAUGAGGAAUACAGUGAGGAUGAAGAAGGCACCGAUAUGGAGAGCGAUCUCGAGGGCAAGAAAGAAGAAGAGCUUCCCAAUGAAUUAGCAUGGGGCAACAAGAAGAAGAUGUUCUAUGACUCCGACUAUGUGGCCACAAAGGGUAAGUCUCGCGAUGAGUUGGUAGCCGAGGAAGAAGAGGAGGAAGAAGAAGCCAAGAAAAUCCAAAAGCGGUUGGCUGAACAUCUCAGUGAGGAGGAUUACGACUUAAACUUUUUGCAGGAGUUUGCUCCAGAGGAGCAGACCGAGGCGACAGUUGUGGAAAAGGAGAACAUCGUUAAGGACUUGAAGCAGAUGUCCCAAAAGGAGAAAAUGAAACUGCUCAAGAAGGAGUCGCCCGAGUUGCUUGAACUCAUUCAGGACUUCAAGGCGAAGCUUACAGAAAUGAAGGACCAGCUGCAGCCACUCAUGCAGAUGGUCAAAAAUGGCAAGAUCCCACCGGGAAAGGGUGCCGACUACCUGAAGACAAAACAGCAGCUUUACCUCAAUUAUUGUACGAACAUCAGCUUCUACCUGGUGCUCAAAGCCAAACGAAUCCCCGCUCACAACCACCCAGUCAUCGAACGACUGCUCACUUAUAGAAAUCUCAUCAAUGAAUUGAGUUCAGUUGAUGCCCGCCUGGCACCGCAGUACAGCAAGCUGCUGGCUGCUCAAGAGGAAGAGAUCGCCAGCAGACCAGUGGCUCAGAAGAAAGCUGCCGUAUCCACCAAAAAUGACAAGGAUUCCGGCAAAGUGGUGGCAGAGACAGGCACUGCCUCUGACUCUGACCUGGACGAGGAGGCAGCGUUGCGAUUCUACAGAGAAGUGGAGGAAAGGAUGAAGUUGAAGAGGAAGAACAAACCUCAGAAAGCUGAAGAGAUAAAAGAUGUGGAUGAAGAGGAGGAGUUGGAGUCAGAGGCAAAGAGAGGCAUCACGUACCAGAUGGCUAAGAACAGAGGACUCACUCCCAAGAGGAAGAAGAUUGACCGCAACCCUCGAGUCAAGCACCGGGAGAAGUUCAGGCGGGCUAAGAUCCGCAGAAAGGGCCAAGUCCGUGAGGUUCGGCGGGAGGAGACGAGAUACAGCGGAGAACUAUCCGGUAUCCGCGCAGGUGUCAAGAAGAGUAUCAAACUCAAGUAACAAAAGGAAAGACCAUAUUGUGCCGCAAAGCUUUGUCACACAGAAUCUGUUUAAGAAUUUGAAAAAUCGAACCGUGGUAAAACAUAGUUGUGUAACAAAACUGACAUCAUGCCAAGUGAAUAAAUGUUUUGCAAUCUUUUUAAUA